UUUCCAGAUAUCCAGCCGGGACAGUACUUGUCCAGGAGAUAUCAACCCUCAGAUCUCAACAAACUCGAGCUCUACGACCUUAAAUACAUGAGCGCGAAUGACCUCGUCGAUAGAAUCGAUGCAGACCUGAGACGACUGGAUUCUAGGAUGAAAUUGGAAUCCACAGAUGACGACUGGCAUUCACGAGCGGCACGCCUGCUUUGGGAGAUAUUCAGAAAAAAUCAGAACAUCCAGGGGAGACUGGAGAGACUCGCCCUAAUACCAGGUCGCUUCGCGUCUUCGUCUAUCAGGUGGAUGGUCGCAACUCAAAUAGUGCCGCCUUUGUGCUAUCCUGAAGUAGAUGGCAUCCCGAUCCCCCAAGCACUCCAACUGAUCUUGAUUGACAAGUCCGCCGCCCAAAAUCCAGAGCGCAGGAGGCUUUUCAAUUUGCUUGGUGUCAAUACGCUCUCUGCCAAGAUUGUCAGAUACCUGAUUUUCGCCGAACAUCGAGGCAGUAAUGCCAAUGCCGCUUGUCAGGCCCAUCUCUGGUUCUUGUAUCAGACACACGACAGCAACAGAGGCGACACAUAUGGCGACAUUCAUGUUUUCAACCAAAACUUGGCGAGUGUGGAACCCCAUGCCACCGACGUUUACGUGGAAAAUGAGCAUCCAUAUGGGCCUCGUGAGCUCUUGAAAGCAACAGCACCCAAUCCUCGGGGAGUUCCCGGGAGCGGGGCUCAAGGGUUUGCUGUACAGUUCAUCAACCGCUGUCAUUUCGACGAUAUUCCUAAGGUCGAAGAAAGCUUCUCUGUCGUGGCGUCAAUGGAUUCACAGCUGCAUUGGUGUUCGCGAGCAUCUGAGACUGACAGCCAAUGGAGGUUUGACGGAAGCCUUCAGGUACUUGUACAUUGCAAAACAGAGACCUGACAAGUUCGUCGGGGCGUUGCAGUUCCACUGGCAGUUUGAGGGGGACAACAUCUGUGGCAGUGCGAAAAUCUUGGAAGAGCUUAAGCGUACCUUUGUUCUUCUUGAGAAUGGCGACCUCUAUGAUGUUUCCUCGACAUAUUUGCCGUUCCAGGAACUGAAGGAGAAGUCUAGGCGCUUUCUUGACGGACGCCAGUCGCUUCCUUCCUCAGGGGGC